AUGGAAAAUAUGAAACAUGCUGCACAAUUGACAUCUUCAAAUGGUAUGUCGAUGAAGCAGUUUCAGAAUUUACUUAAUUGUUUGAUGUUACAUCAAUAUGGUUGGGUUUUUAACAUACCAGUUGACAUUGUAGAGUUAGAAAUUCCUGAUUAUUUUACUGUCAUCAAGCAUCCGAUGGAUUUAGCUACUGUGAAGAGUCAAAUAACUUCUAGCCAAUAUUCUAGUCCCAUAGAUUUUGUUACUGAUGUGCGGCUAACUUUCUCAAAUGCAAUGAUUUACAACUCUCCUGGCAAUAAAAAGCUUGUGGAUGCCUAUAUGUUGGAGAAGCAGAAGGUCCAGGAAAAAGCUGAGCCUUGUGAACUGGAGGAAAAUGUGGGUUCUAGUUUAACUUUAGAUCCAAGCAAAGGGAAUCAUAGUAAUUCAGAAACUAGAAAGGUUUCAAUUAAUAUGACUGGCCAAGUUGAGCAGAGUUCCUAUUCUAAGGUAGUUACUGUUUCGGCGAAAGCCUGUCUAGAGGGGGAGAAUGCUUCAGAAAGGCAAGUCUCCCCAAAAAAGCUCUACCGUGUAGCUUUAUUAAUAAACGACUUUGUCAGCACCAUACCUAAAGCCCAUGAAAAGACAUUUGAAAAGAUGGAGAAGAUUGUUGAUAUCAAUAAAAGCUGUCAACUUUUGAAAGAUCUAGAGAUUCUAAGAGUUGUAUGA